GGUGCGGUUGUGCGAUAUUUCGACAUUAGCGGUGCGCCAACAGCCAGACUACCUGCCGAACGCGAUUUUCGUCGCUUAAAAUUAAAUUCUCGUUUCCCUGAAUAGAAAUUGCGGAUUGAAGUUUGCAUAAAAGUUUAUUUUGAAUACAAAUUGCAUUUUACAAAUUUUGUCUGAGGGUGAAACUAAAAAAAAAAAAAUUGGUGAUUUAUAAAAGUUUGCUCUCAUGAAUAAAAAACUGUUAUAAGCUAAGUUCAAGCACCUUCUGAAAUCACUUUAUAGUGUUAACUUGAAAAGCAAAAAUUUAAUUUUUAAACUUAAACAUUUUGUCGCCAUUCAAAUAAUUCGCUUCUCACUCCUUUGAAACACAGUCAAUACUCGCUAAGUGUGCCUUUGAAAUCUCACCAACUAAACACCUCAAAACCUCCCUCACACCGGAGUAUUCGUUUAGAAAAGCAAUACUUCAACCCCUCCACAGAGUCUACGAAUUACGUGUCACACUCUCUCUGGAGUCUCAUGUGGCAUGCAUUAUUGGCGACGUCGUUAACCUUGUCGCUUGUGUACUAAACCGGCAAACGACAAAUAUUAAAAGAAAAACAGUUUUCUGUUUACAUUGAAAGAAACCGCCGGAAAACCCCGCAGCGCACACCCAGUCAAAGGUCCAUAGAUAUACAGCCGGCGCUAUUUUUUCAUAUAUUUUCACAUAUAUUUCCCGCAAAUAAUGAUGCAACAUUUAGAAUAAAAAGAACAAAAACGGUUGCCAAUGUAAAGUAAUAACAAUUAGCAUAUUUGAGUAGAGGGUGUUACUGACGCGCAUACGUCUGAGUGUGAGUGUGUUAAUAUCAUUCGCAAAUACAGACAAUAAGACACCAGAAGCAAAAAAGAGUAAACAAAAAUAUAAAUAACUAAGCGAAACGCGAAUAUAAGAGGUAUAAAAAAAUCGCGUGCGAGCUGAUAAAAUAAAAGGUAAACGCACACAGUUACAAAAAUAUAAUAAUCAGAAAAAAGUGUGAUUUUUCGAGAGCAAGCAAAUUAUGCGCCAAAUAAGUAGAACUUUAAGUGCGCUUACAUCACCGCUCCCAGACUGCUCCACAAGCAAAACGAUGAUCUCCAAUAGCAAGCAAGGCGCCGCGUCUGCAGCCACGAACAAUAGGCAUCAGCGCUGUCGUGCGCCGUCUCGCUUAUCAGCUGUCACCUGCCAAUAUUUCAACUUCCAUUUCGCCUCACUUACGAUGUCGUCAUAUCUAAUUUUGUUGCUUCUCAGCCUCGGCGCUCAACGUGAUGCGCUGGUCCACGCACAAAAUAGUACAACCGCGGUCGGUGCAGCAGCCACAGCGCCGCCUCCCCAUGCCGCCGCUUUGGCCUCGCCAGGCGCUGGCACUGGCUCCGGCAGUGGCUCGUCAAUAUUGGAUCAAUUUAGCCCCAAUUGCACUGCAGUUUCGCACAUCUUCCAGGCGCGUGGCAUCGAUCAAGCGGAGAUACCACAGAAGCCCAGUAACGACUCUGAAAAGGCAGACAACGCCAGCCAGCCAACCAACCAACCAGCCGGUCCGAACAAGUCGCGCGUAGUCCGAUAG